AUGGUGAAGGAAAGCGAGUACUACGAGGUCCUCGGCCUGAGCGUGGAUGCCGUCGACCACGACAUCAAGCGGGCCUACCGCCGGCUCGCGCUGAGGUACCACCCGGACAAAAACCCCGGCGACCAGGAGGCGGCGGAGAUGUUUAAGCGCAUCAGCCACGCCUACGAGAUCCUCAGCGACGAGGAGAAGCGGCGCAUUUACGACCAGCACGGCAAGGCGGGGCUGGAGGGCGGCGGCGGCGGCGACGGCGAAUUCGACGCGUCCGACAUCUUCUCCAUGUUCUUUGGCGGCGGACGCCGCCCGCGCGGGGAGCGAAAGCCGAAGGACCUCGUGCACGAGCUGCGGGUCUCGCUCGAGGACCUGUACAACGGGAAGACGCGGAAGGUCUCCGUCACGCGUGAUCGGCGCUGUGAGGCGUGUGACGGCAACGGCAUCAAACCCGGGGCAGAGCGCCGCACCUGCGUUGCCUGCCGCGGCCAGGGCUCCCAGAUGUUCGUGCAGGAGCUCUUCCUCGGCAUGCACCAGCGCGUGCAGCAGACGUGUCAGAGCUGCGGUGGGGAGGGCACCACUGUGCGGGAGGUGGACAUCUGCGGCCGCUGCCGCGGCAGCCGCACGGUGAAGGAUCAAAAGGUGCUUGAGGUGCACAUUGAGAAGGGGAUGCGGCACCAGGACGUCGUGCGGUUUGACGGAGAGGGCGACGAGGUAGUUGGCAUGCGUCUCAAGGGCGACGUGCUCAUCAUCUUGGCGCAGAAGCCGCACGACGUCUUCCGGCGCGUCGGCAACCACCUCCUCAUGAACUACACCAUCAGCCUGCAGGAGGCGCUCUGCGGGUUUGAGCUUCCGGUGCAGCACCUCGACCGGCGCAUGCGGCUGAUAAAGAUCCCGUGCGGGCAGGUGAUAGACCCCGAGGCGGCGUGGGUGGUCCGGGGGGAGGGGAUGCCGCUGCCGAACACAGGCGGGCUGGACCGCGGCAACCUCGUCAUCCACUUCGAGGUGGAGUACCCGACGCAGCUGGGCGCGCGGCAGCUGAAGAGCAUCGCCGCCGCCCUCGGCGCACCGGAGACGCUCCCGCGGGUCGGUGGGCAUAAGUUGGUGCUCAGCGACUUGAGCCAGCGGCAGGGGCGGGGGCGGAGCGGGUCGGGGCGCGCCGCCGCUGCCCGGCGCCGGCAGCAGCAGCGGCAGAUGCCGAUGCCCGGCGGCAUGGGCGAGGAGGGCUUCGCGGCAUAUCACGGCGGCCCCGCGGGGACGCAGACGGUGCAGUGUGCCCCGCAGUAA